AAAAUGUGAAAGAUGAAGGCUUCAAGCUUAAGGGGGAGAAUGUUGAAAACUUGAAGUUAGCUUGAGUUUCAAGCUAUCCUAAUCUUAUUAGGAUUGUGUUUAUCCAAUAAAGAUUAGGAUAUAUAUGAAAUGUGAUUACUAAUAGGUUUAGGAGUUUACCUAGUCCUAUAUAUAAAGAUGAAUGAUGUGAUGAAAGAAUAACGAUUGUGUGUGAAAGUGAUUGAGCUUAUUGGUUUGAAUAAUAAGAAAUAAGUACUUGCGAUUACGACUUCUUGAUUUCUAUAGAUUGCACAUAUAGAAAUACAACAGAUUCAAAACUCUCUCUUACUCUCUGUGUUAAUUUUCUAAUUGAUUUGAUUUUUUUAACUUUAUGUGUUCUUUUAUGGUUAAAUUUUGAUUAAAAAUUAGGGUCAUAGGGACAAUGAUGAUUACACACUAUUGAGUAUGGAUGAUCCACUUAACUCUACUCCUCAAAAUUCAUUCAUGACACUGAUCCACAAAAUGCUAACUUCAAACCCGAGUUUUAUUGCAUAUAUUUCAUGUACACAACUCUCCUAUCCACAUUUAUAAUAUGAGCUUCUACACAAUUCACAUGUUCACAACUCUUUUAUCCACAUUUCUCUAGACAAAAAAAAAUCUUUAUCCACACUUUCUAUGUUAACACCUCCACACAACACACAACACACAUCCAAUAAAUUAAAAUUUACAAAAUUUAGAAAAAUAUAUCUAUAUCAAAAUAAAAAGUAAAUAAAAAUAUACAUUAUCUUGAUAAACUUAAAUAUGAUCCAAAGAUUUUGCAGAUCAAUUUAAUAUCUAAACUUUAUUAUCUCCUUGAUCCGUCCCUUAAAGAUUUCCUAUUUCCAUAAUAUUAUUCCAGAAAACAGUUUUCUAAGUGUCCCGCUGCUCAUGUUACUUCUUAUGUUAGUUAAUUACAGAGGCACCCAUAAUGAACUAAAGUAUUAUAUCCAAUUGCCAUUAUUAAAAAAUAUUUAAUUAUUUAUACCAAUUAAAUUUAGUUUCCUUUUAUAUAUUUGUCAAAUAACAUAUAUAAUAAAAGGAAAUAUUCACAUAAUAAAAAAAUGAAACUUAUAUUUUUUUAAGGAAAGAAAACAUAUUUAAUGAAAACAAUUAAAUUUAGUCCAUGCUUUGGACUACGUAGAAUCCUGACGAAGAGGUUGAGCAACAAUCUUUUGGUCCCAGUCCCAACUAGUAAUUUCUCUGCUGUGUAUUGGCCAUAUGGUGCAAUUGGCUCUAAUAUCUACACCAUUGUCGAAUACGUACAUGGUGAAUUCUCGACUGAUAGGGUAUUUUACUUGGACUGUCGGUCUCACACCUGGCACGAAGCUCCAAUCAUGUGGAUGAUCAGAAGCAGCCCACUCAUUCGUGUUCUGGAUGGGAAACUGUAUGUACUGCCACAAAGGAACGGUUUUCCCUCGAAUUCGAUUGAGAUUUUCGAUCCAAAAACUCAAUUAUGGGAGUAUGUGAGAAGCCCUAUAGCAGAGAUACUAGGCACGAGGUCUAGUUUAAUCAGCUUCGCAAUAGACGGGGGGUUUUACCUGUAUGGGGAUAAGUGUAUGGUUUACAAGCCCAAGGAAAAUAAAUGGGAUGUCGUAGAGUACGAGACUGGUUUGGUUUGGGCUAGCUUUAGACUUUCUUGUGUGAUAAACAACGUAAUCUACAGUUCUAAACUCUCCAGAGUGCUUAAAUGGUACGACUCCGAGGGGAGAUUGUGGAGAGAUUUGAAGGGUUUGGAUAAACUUCCUAAACUACCAAAGAGUUUUAGUCGUCUCAGGUUGGUAAACUAUGGUGGAAAGAUUGCGGUUUCGUGGGAGAAGAGUGGUGGUGUUUCUUCUAGGGAGAAGAUGAUUUAUGGGAAGAUUGAGUGGUGUGAAGUUUGAGUGGUGUGCUGUGAUUGCGGUUGAAAGGCGCAGCGGACAAGAGAUUUAUGGGAAGAUUGAGUGGUGUGAAGUUGUGCUUACCGUCCCCAAGUCAUGUUGUUUAUUGGAGUUUUUUGCUGUUACGGUCUGAUGAAUAAAAAUCAUAUUAGUCGCUUGUUUCAUUUGGUUUUUGAAGAAGAUGAUGGAUUUUUUUUUAUACUGCUUAAAAAUAUAAUGCAUAUGAAUACAUAUGGCGUUCCUUUU